AUGCUAAGUCUAUUUUCCAAAUGGCCUGGUGCUCCCGGGAAACCUAGUGGCGAUUAUGUCUCGUGUGUGAAGGGCAUAAGUCAAAUGCUUUUGGAUUGCAAGGAGAUCGCGCUGGUUGAUGCGCUGCUCUUCUUGCUCUCGUAUAUGGUUGAGCUAUUUGAUGUUGUAUCGUCGGAUUCCGAGUCUGAGGACGAUCCAGAUUUGUUCCAGGCGCCGUCAACUGGUGGAAUUGAUAUUCUAUUGGGUGUGUUAGACGGCGCUGUCAACCUCCCAAUGCACCCUCUCGUGAUUAAUGGUAUUGCACGAUACCUGCGAUCGCUCGGAUCCUCUAUUGCGUUACCAGCAGGUGUAUAUCUACGCGCGUCAAUGAUAAUCUGCCAGGGCCUUCGGUUUGUGUCGUCUUUUCCGGUCGCGGUACAAUCACUACUGCAUAACAGUUCGUCCAUAACCAACUAUACAACUGUCGAAGAGAGGGCACCACUUCUACAAGAACUGCUUCGUUUUUGCGUAAAUCAAGAUGUAAAGACUACCCUUGAAAGCGAAGGCGACUUGUUAGAAGUGACGUUCCGCGUUGCUAGCGAUUUGUCAGACGCAGCAGAUUUUGGGACGCUUUGCUCUUCGAUAUUGUCAACUUUAACAGUUCGUGUGCAAAGUGGAAAUCCCAUCGAGGCCUCCAAUAGCGUGUACAUGCUAGGACGUGCUCUUGCAGGGGUCCAAAACGAGCAUCACGGUUUCACGUUGAUCAACCAGCUAUGGACACUCGUUAGUGCUUCACUGUCGCAGCACAAAACGGAAGAUGUUUGUCGUCACGCAGGGGUUCAGUUCUUCCUCAACGUAAUUCCUCAUCUACGGACAGACGAUGCUCAUCCGAUCGAAACGCAGAUACUAGAUGUCUGCUUAUGGUGGUAUAGUGAAGGUGUCGCUCCCGAUAUUCUGACCUGCUGUUCUCGAAUAAUCUCGAGGCAUCGUGGCAGACAAAGCUUUCAGGCGUCGGUCAACAAUUUAUUCGAGCGUUUGCUGCCUUCUUUUCGCCUCAAAUUGCACGCUGUCGCGGACCCCCGCUCGAAUGAGGAAAAACUUGCAAUGGAGGACUUCUUGUCGCAUCAUCGCGAAGCAGAUAGAUUGAUUCCAGAGGUUGAGCAGUUCAUGAAGCUGGCGCGAGAAGUCCUAGUCUCCUUUCCGCAAGUUUUGCUGGAAAAGCGUCCGAAUGAGAAUUCUACCCUGUUUUGGGUAUGUUUGGAGUUGGCAACGAGGCUAGUGAAAGCGGACCACCAGAUGCAGGAAAUGUGCGAUGCUGCGUGUGAUUUCAUAUUAGAUGCGAUGCGCUGCCAGCCAGAGCCGAUUCUGGAAUGCAUUAACGAAUUUGCAACUGAAGUUGUGCGUGUCGUUCUAAGCUACCUGGGGCCCAAGAGGGAGCAUUAUCGAGUGCGAAGUAUUUGGGACUUUCUGUUCCAGUGUCUGCACGCCCCGCAGAUAGCAACGCAGAUUCGAGGUGGCUUUCAAGCCGCAGUUUCUGCCGUAGUCGCUGAGGAAGGGGCACUACGUGCGCUCUUACCUAUGGAUGUGUCCCAACAACUGCCUGGGGAGCUACGCGUGCGCCGUCAGCGCCAUCGCUUUCGGCAGUACUUUACUCAGCUUGGGAAUAUGGUGAGGGUGGAGAAUCCCUAG